AUGGUGGGCCUACGAAUAGUGGAUGACACUUUGAAUAAAUCUUUCUACAAAUUAGGACUUCUGGUGGGCAAACAUCCUGUCAUUUUUCUGACCGUUCCUAUACUCGUAACGAUAAUAGGAUUGACUGGUUUCCAACGAAUACAGAACAACAUAGAUCCUGAAUACCUUUUCAGUCCUAUCAAUGGUGAAGGAAAGGUCGAAAGAGCGAUAGUGGAAAGUUUUUUCAAAGUCAACUACAGCAGCCGAUUUAGUGUAGCUAGAAUAACAAGGGCUGGUCGCUUCGGCCGAGUAAUUGUGACUUCAAAAGAUGGCGACAAAAAUUUGCUGAGAGCUGAUGUCUGGAGAGAAUUGAGACUUCUAGAUGAAUACGUCCAAAAUAUGACUGUGUUCUAUGAUGAUGAAUACUUUUCCUAUAAAGACAUGUGCGCAAAAUGGAUGACGGAUUGUUUCACCAACGACAUUCUCAAUUUGGAUUAUAUAAUGGACGAUGUCGAAAGCAAGAAUAUUAACCUCACUUUUCCUCUCAUGUUCAACCCAGUCACAUGGGAUGCUCAUGCUUUUCCUGUAUUUUUCGGUGGUACCGAAGUCAGCGAAGAAGGAUUCAUUAUCAGUGUGCCAUCAUUGCAACUGGCGUAUUUUGGAAACUCUGACACGAAAAAAUUGGACAAGUUGGGUGCAGCGUGGGAAGAUGCAUUCUUAGAUCUUAUCGAACAACUUCAAGACAAGGAAAACAAGUUUGAACAUAUACGAAUAGCUAGAUUCACAUCUGGGACACUGGGACAUGAAUUGGAGAAAAAUGCACAAUCAGUUGUACCAUACUUUGCUUCUACUUUCAUUAUAAUGGCCGUUUUCUCUGUUGUUACAUGUAUGAUGUUCGACUGGGUACGAUCGAAGCCAUGGUUAGGACUGCUGGGUAACAUAAGUGCCGCCAUGGCUACACUCUGUGGUUUCGGAUUCUGCAUGUACGCUGGAGUUGACUUCAUUGGUUUGAAUUUAGCUGCUCCUUUUCUGAUGAUAGGAAUUGGUAUCGAUGACACUUUCGUGAUGUUAGCAGCCUGGAGGAGGACUUCAAUAAAAACGCCUGUUCCUGAAAGAAUGGCCCAGAUGUUAUCAGAAGCGGCUGUGUCUAUCACAAUUACAUCUGUAACCGAUUUUUUCAGUUUCUGGAUUGGUAUCUUCAGUCCCUUCCCAUCGGUGACAAUAUUUUGCAUUUAUUCAGGAGCUGCAACUUGCCUCCUCUUCAUAUGGCAUUUGACUUUCUUUGCUGCUUGUGUGGCUAUCUCAGGCUACUGCGAAGAGAAGAAUCUUCACUCAGUGUUUUGCUUCGAAGUCCAGCCUGUAUCCAAAUCAAAAGACAGAUGCUUCCUUUAUCGCUGGUUUUGUAGCGGUGGAGUGGAUCCCACCGACAUGGACAAUCCGCAAGACAAUAAAGAACACGGAAUGAUGGUAUUUUUCCGGGACUAUCUUGGAGCUGUGCUCAACAACGGUUGUGUCAAGUUCAUCGUCAUUAUUGUCUUCGCAGUUUACUUACUUGGAGCAGGCUAUGGCAUUACUCAAAUAGAAGAAGGCUUAGAGAGAAGAAAAGUGGCCAAAAAUGAUUCUUAUGCCAUCGAGUUUUUCGACAGAGAAGAUGAUUAUUACAGAGAGUUUCCCUACAGAGUGCAGGUGAUAGUUUCUGGUCAGUACGAUUAUUCAGAUCCAAAUAUUCAGCGACAGGUCGAAGAACUCACUAGAACUUUUGAAAAUACAUCUUACAUAUCAGACACAUUAUACACUGAAUCAUGGUUGCGCAGUUUUAUUGAAUAUACUGAGAGAAAUCGUGAUUACCUGAACCUCACAGUAGAUAACAAAAAAGGAUUCACCGAUGCACUAAAAGAGUAUUGGUUAGCGCCGAGCAGUUCGUUCUCCUUAGACGUGAAGUUUGACGAUACAGGGGAAAAUAUCAUUGCCAUGCGAUUCCUUAUUCAGGCGGUCAAUAUAUCCGGAACCGAACACGAGAAAGAGAUGGUGAGAGCUAUAAGAAAAAUAUGCAGAGACUCGCCGCUGAAUGUUACCGUGUUCAACCCAUAUUUCGUUUUUUUCGACCAGUUCGAAUUGGUUCGACCUCUAUCUAUCCAGAAUAUGGUGAUUGGUGCUGGAAUAAUGAUGUUAGUGUCUUUCAUCUUCAUUCCCAAUAUUUUGUGCUCCUUAUGGGUAGCGCUCAGUAUAAUUUCUAUAGAAGCAGGAGUCGUAGGAUAUAUGGCUCUAUGGAAAGUGAACCUGGAUUCUAUUUCCAUGAUCAAUCUUAUUAUGUGUAUAGGAUUCAGUGUCGACUUUACGGCCCAUAUUUGCUAUGCUUAUAUGUCAUCAAAAGCCAAAACUCCGAAAGAAAAAGUGAAGGAAUCUCUCUACGCACUAGGACUUCCCAUUUUCCAAGGAUCUGUGAGCACUAUUUUGGGAAUGCUUGCUCUGCACCUAGCCAACAAUUAUAUUUUCUCAGUUUUUUUCAAAAUGGUGUUCCUAGUGGUCUUUUUCGGUGCGAUGCAUGGAUUAUUUUUGCUUCCCGUGUUACUGUCCUUGUUUGGACCAGGAUCGUGUUCGAGAUCCACUGAUGAUUCCGAUAUGAAACUAUCCACCAUAGAAGAAUCACUACCUUCUCCGUACUGCAUACCACAUCCCCAGUUUACUCUAAAUGGUAGCAAUUUAGGAGCUUUGAAAGGAUCUAACAUACCAAGUAUAGAGAGGCAAAGACAGAGGAUACCGGAGGCGAAAAAUACACGAAUGUACGAGCAGAAAAGACCAGAACAAGUACGUUCUCGAUACGAGACGAAAACAAAGCAUUCACCAACUGAAACGAGGUACCAUCCCAGAGAGCAAAUUGCUAGAUCCAACUCUUAUCAUAAUAUAAUACAUCCUAG